AUGCUGUCGGCCUUCGGAUCACAGGUAUCCUGCCGCCGCCGCUGCGAGUCCAUCGUGGACACGGUCACCCCCUGUGUGCUGCAGAAGUGGGUUGUCACCGGGCUGCCACCCUCAGCACCCAGGAAUGUCCAUGAUAUCUCCAAAGGGGAGAGGGUGUGCAGAGACCCAAGAAAGAGUGGCAAAGGGAUAGCCCAGCUAAAGGGAGACCCUGCACUUAGAGAGGGGCAAGAGACUCACAGAAAGGACCCUAAAGGCACUGGGACCCCACAGGGAGCAUUUAGGCCCCUGGUGGUCCACGGAGGCCUCUCUUCCUUUAUGCCCAGGCCUGGGCCUCUGCUGAGAGCACUCCCCCGGGAAGAGAGCUCAGAAGACCCAUGCAAUAAGAAGUCCCCCAGCUCCCAUAGGAGCUCCUGCCCCACUCGAAAUGCCAUAACGAGUUCCUACAGUUCCACCAGGGGCUGCCACCCGGUGCAGAGGAGGAGGGGUCUGGCCACAAGUCAGGCCUCAUGGCCCCCGAGGUCCCCCAAAAAAGUCAGCCAGGAGAGCCCCUUGUGUCCUGCUCGAGUGCCUGCACUUUGCCAGAAGAAGAACCAGCUGGAAAAGGAUGCCGAUACCACCACCGGGCAGACGGCAACGCAGAGGAACUGCUCAUCCCCAGGUGACUGUUCCAGGCCCCAAAAACGCAAGGUUCGUCUGCUGCCACAGAGGCGAGGGGAGCCUCUGAGGCUGCCGUCACCCCCUGAGCUGGGGUUUCGAGUGACUACUGAGGACCUGGACCGGGAAAAGAGAGCUGCUCUCCAGCGCAUCCAAGAUGCUCUUCGAGGGGACACAGAGGCCACCUGCAGCUGUGGCCCAAGUUUGCCAUCCAGUGCCUUGGCCCUGUCUGCUGCAGUGGCUGCUCCCCUGCCAGCCUCUGACAUCCAGGUCACCUGCAUGGACUGCUCCCCUUCUUCCCAGCCUCUCCUCUUGGGGUCUCACCCUGGCUGCAGUGGGAGCAACUUUGCAUCUAUCCAGGCCCUCUCGAUGCUGUCCAGAGGAAGCAUGGCCUUAGUCACAGUCCCCCCAGGGCUGCCUGUGCAGCCUGGGGGUGGUGGCAACCCGGGAUCCACUGCCCAGGCCCCACUCGGGGCUGUUGGCACCCAGGCCAGCACCCUUCACAGCUCUCCCCAGCAUGGACAGCCGGCAGCUCAGGCUCCAGACCCACUCCGGGCCCUGAGCACAGCUCUAGCUCAGCUGUCCUUGGGCAGCGGCACCCAGGCCAGCACCCUUCACAGCUCUCCCGCAUGGACAGCCGGCAGCUCAGGCUCCAGACCCACUCCGGGCCCUGAGCACAGCUCUAGCCCAGCUGUCCUUGGGCAUGGCACCCAGGCCAGCACCCUUCACAGCUCUCCCCGGCAUGGACAGCCGGCAGCUCAGGCUCCAGACCCACUCAGGGCCCUGAGCACAGCUCUAGCCCAGCUGUCCUUGGGCAGCAGCACCCAGGCAGGUUAUGUGGUUCCCUUACCCGCAUCUGCCUCCUGGGGCACCCGUGCCAGUGCCCAGCCAGGUUCGGCUACCUCCUCUGCUUACUCGCCCCUGAGAGCCGCUGCCCCUGGCUUGGCAGCUGCCCCCCAGGUGCCCGGCACCGUGUCCCAUGCUGGGCCCAACAGCCAGCAGCCCCGCCCCCAGGUGGCAGCACAAUGCCGGCCCCCAUCAGCAUGGGGCUUUCAGCAGCACCCCCAGCAUCACAGCAGGAACGAGCAGGGCCCCAAGUGGCCUGCAGGCUCCAGGUUAAGCCUGGGCCCGAACACGGUGGGCCGCCCAUGCCAGAGCACCCUGUCGGGGACCGCUGGAGCCAGCACGACGAACCACCCUUUGUCGGGAGCCCCGAGUGCCCCUCAUUUCAGUCACAUCCCCAGGCACCUGACCAAGCGGAGGUCCAGCUCAGAUGGCUGCAGCACUGCCAGCAAGGCCGCCUGUGGGGGCGGGGGCGUCCUGGCCUCUCCUCCUAGCGGCCCCGCCUCCCUGGGCCACCCCCUGGGCCUGGCCCUGGAUCCCAAGUGGUUGCAUCUGAACCCUGACAGAAAGCCCUCCAUGAGUCAGGUGCAGGCGAGGCCAAAGCCUCCUGCUCCUCUGCCUCCGGGGGUCCCCUUUCUGACGCUGGCAGAUGAAGCCGGGUCUGCCCUUGGGCCCAGGCCUGAAACCUCGCCUGCUUGCCCCAACCUUACGAGUACCAGCGGCCUGAAAAUUCUGAGGCGGACACCUAGCACACCUAGCACACCUAGCCACUCCCUCAACUCUGCUCUGGGAAAGCUCCCCUGCACUGGGGUCUCCGGCUGGGCUGCGCCAUCUCAGCGUGUUAUCCGGGUUGCCGCAACAUGUCCAGAGCGAGAAAAGGCCCGCAGCCAGAAUGGACAGGGCAGUCUGCAGUUCUGUCAAAUGUCGGCCAGUUCUCACGAGCGUUCUACCAAAAUUGAUGCCGAUUUGGGCAGAAUGCUUGCGAGUAUUGAGCAGAAAUCCCCUGGUGAACUCACUUCUGGCGGGAAACCUCCUGGCCAGAGAAACCACUGUGCCACCUAA